AUCGCUACCACUGUUACAUUGCUCGUACAAUCACGCAAUUCGGAGGAACGUGAAACGUAAUCUUAAAAUACCGAAUACAGUUUCUUUAAAUAAGAUCAUCUUCUUACCGGGUUCAUUUAAAGCAAUCUCGGUCUCAUCACCACUCGCGGACGACAUCUUGCCCUCAAAGCAAUCUCUGGAAUGUAAAACGCAGAACCAAAGGAGAAAAUGGCGGCACUAAGUCGGAAGACCUCUACAGGAUACUCUUCCACACUAACACGAUACGCUGAAUUAAAUGCUCAAACUAGUUUAUCAUCGAUUGAUAAAUAUUUUAUCGUAAAACAGUUGACGAUUAUCUAUAUUCCACCCCAUUUCCCGCGUUUUUAAACACGAUUUACAGUUUAUUUUCUCCUCGUUGCUAACCACGUAAAUGUCAUUACACAUCAGACGGCUCUUAAAGAGGAUGUCUCCCGAGUAACUAACAUCGACAGUUGGGUAUUUUUAUUUCUGACGCGUAGGUAUACAUAAUUCAUUGAUAUGCAUUUUCCAAAAUAAAGAUAUAAUAAUAAGAUAUGAUAUAAUCAAUUUAAUGUAGACAGUUCUAUCCUAUGUAUCGCGUUUAAUAUGGAAUGAAAUUUCAUCCACGUUAUUGACGAUUUUAAUCUGUCAAGGUUAUCUUUCCGAUAAUGCUGAUUAGUCGCGAAAUUCAGUUGUUCUCUUUCAUUUGAACAAAAUGCAUCUGCUUCGUGAAUCGUGAAUCGCGAAACGCGACAAACAAUUUCUGUUAGAGAGAUUCAAUAAUAAAACUGUAUAUUUUCCGUUACGUCUUUGUCUUUCUAUAGAAUCGACUUAAUCGUAUUCUUUUAAUUGCGCAGAACCUUGCAAACGAAGCGUUAUAAUAAAAUCUCGUGGUAUUUUCAUGUUAAUUCAAAGAUAUUGAAACUUCUUGAAAAGAAUACGAAUUUCCGUUCGUUCUGAAUUCCGUUUGGAGAUUUACUUUUAAAAGUUGAAUACUGUAUGAACUUCCAUAGUUUGGCUGUUGUAAAUGAAAAUACACACACACACACACACACACAUACACACAGGUAUGCGUACAUGUUGCAAAGUUACGAAAAUUCUCGUAGAAGAAGAGGAAUAUCAAAAUAUACGCAUGUGCAAGAGGAUUAUGGUGAAGAGCGCAAGUGCAUAGGAUAAUCUAUCUUCUGUGAGUAUACACUGAGCUACCAUCUGAAUCCUUUCCUUAAGUUAUAUAUUGUUGUAUACGUGAUUUUGUAAAACGACGCUUGUCGAUGCUCAUAACUCGAUGUUAUUGUACAUCGAUGCUUCAAGUUGAACGCGAAUCAAAACAAGCGAUGCUGAAGAAGACCACAAACCACUCGAUUUCGUUCGUAAUCCGUCGAUUCCGAGGAUCUCGGAAUUCCGAGUCUUCUUGUUCUCGUCCCUCGUUCUCCUCGAAGGAGGAGACAGUUUCGAAAAGCACGCCAAUUAUCUUUCGAAACCGUUUAUCGAGAUACCAAAACAUUUUUUAAGAGAAAAAGAACGAAAAACAUGGUAUAAGACUGGUAUAUAUUCAUUUUCGCCCAAUGUUCUCGUAACGUUGGGAAUAUCGGAAUGUUGUUUAGUCUGAAUUAUUUUUGACGUUAAUAAAAGCGAUCCGUGCAAUACGAUUUUGAAAAUUUCGUGAAAGGAGAUGUCUUACAGCGAUGGCGGUCGCCCGAUCCGAAAAUUCGGCACCAAAUCGCCGAAAAAGCUUUGCGUGACCAAAAAUGAGAAUAACGAUAAAACUACGACCACUAUUAAUUGCAACAGUCAUCAUCACAAUCAUUGCCACCAUAAUCACCGAUUUCUCGACACUCCUCAACCGUCGGUACACAAACGUAAUCUCUACAUUGUUUCUUUCCCCUUGAUACUGCUUUUCAAUGUUCUGCGAACGCUUCUUUAUCAAUUGUUCGUGGUGUUUAAGUAUUUGUAUACAUCCACGUCUCAGCUGAUCCAACGAAGACAGGCUUCCAAGCAAAGCUGCCAAUUGGAGAUAGUAGUCGGUCAAAAGUCCGUUGAAACUAUAAAUAACAAUUUGAAUAAUUCUGGACAAACAGAGAAUGAAGGAAUGUCGCAAAUACCUAGAAGAUCUAUAGGUCCUGGACCUGGGGACCCGCUGUUUGCAAAACAAAAACAUCAUCAUCGUAGAGCUUUUGAAUUUAUUAGUAAAGCGUUGAAAAUUGACGAGGAUAAUGAAGGCCAGAAGGAAAUGGCGAUUGAACUGUACAAGAAAGGUAUCGGAGAAUUGGAGAAAGGAAUAGCCAUAGAAUGCAGCGGUGGCCGUGGAGAAGUAUGGGAACAUGCUCAGAGGUUGCAUGAUAAAAUGCGCACUAACUUAGCAAUGGCAAAGGACAGACUGGACUUCCUUGUGAGUGUGUGUGAGCUGAAAAACAUGGAUAUCUCCAAUGAUUGUCACGGUCCUGGAAAUAAAGCGGACACCGAACAUCCAGGAAAGAAUCUGAGGGCUCGUCGCAAUAUACACACACUACAAACAACUCGAUCUUCUUUAAACACAAAUCAUACAAAGAACACAAACAGUACACAAACAGUGAAUAUAGGGCAGAAUACAUGUACCCAAAUUCCCAAGUUAAGGCCACGUUCACCAAAAAACUAUUGUGCCCAUUCUGAAGCGUCCGGAAGAAAAUUAUCUGUUCCCGGAAAAAGAGUCGGUACAGCUAUAAGUAAGAGUCAGACGCUGCCUCGAAGUAUGGGUCGAUCACCGCCAGUUCAAUCUUGCCAUCGAGUUGCACCUGUUAAGCCAACGUCUACACCACCCUCCGUAAAAAGACAAUUGUCUGUACCUGGAAAUGGUUCGCCUAUAAGGAGGCCGGGCACGCCUACUGCAACAAAUAGUAAUAGAGGAACGCCUACUAGAAAAGUACCUAUUUUAAAGGGUGUGGAUCCAAAGCUUGCACAAGUUAUCGUAGAUGAAAUUUUAGAGGGAGGGGCAGCAGUACAUUGGGAAGAUAUUGCUGGCCAAGAGACUGCAAAACAAGCGUUACAAGAAAUGGUAAUCUUACCUUCGUUGAGACCAGAAUUGUUUACUGGUCUAAGGACACCAGCCAGGGGACUGUUGCUGUUCGGUCCACCGGGUAACGGGAAGACGUUGCUCGCGCGUGCGGUGGCUACUCAGUGCAAUGCUACGUUCUUUUCAAUAUCUGCUGCUAGUCUUACGUCAAAGUAUGUCGGGGAAGGAGAAAAAUUAGUGAGAGCUCUUUUCGCUAUAGCGCGAGAGUUACAGCCAUCUGUGAUCUUUAUCGACGAAGUGGAUUCGCUGUUAAGUGAACGUAAAGAUAACGAACAUGAAGCCUCGAGGCGGUUGAAAACAGAGUUUUUAGUUGAAUUCGAUGGGUUACCGUGUAAUCCGGAAGAAAGAGUGCUGGUCAUGGCUGCUACGAAUAGACCUCAAGAAUUAGACGAAGCUGUCUUAAGAAGAUUCACGAAACGCGUGUACGUCACAUUGCCCGAUUUGCGGACGAGAAUCAUUUUGUUGAAACGACUUUUAGCUAAACAUAACGAUCCGCUGACGCCAGAAGAGCUAAAUGACAUGGCAAUUUUGACGGAAGGAUAUUCCGGCAGCGACUUGACAGGCUUAGCCAAAGAUGCAGCGCUUGGUCCUAUUAGAGAGCUCAAUCCAGAUCAAGUAAAGGAACUGGAUCUAAACUCAGUGCGCAACAUCACAAUGCAAGAUUUCCGUGAUUCGCUGAAACGAAUCCGUAGAUCGGUAUCACCCGCGAGUUUGGCAGCGUACGAGAAAUGGAGUUUGGAGUACGGUGACGUAAGUCUAUGAUCAUUAAGAAAUAGCUAAAAAGCAUGACGCUUAAGAAUAAGUUUGACUGUCGGUUUGCCAGUCUAACAGAGCAACGGAAACAGUAAGAAUUACGAAUGACGAGAAAUAUACAAAAGUGAUUUUCUGCGAUAUUAAUUAUUACAAAAUGUAAAUACAUCAGCUUCUAACAUUUUUGAAGUUAAUUUACAAAUGGUAAUAUCUAUAAAUAGAGAAAAAAAAAGAAUAUUACGAUAAGCGAAAGACACUAUUGCUAUGCGUGUUUUUUAAACCGUAUUGCAGCUAUAACACUGUAAUAUUAACAGCUUUAUACCACACACACAUAUAUAUAUAUAUAUAUAUAUAUAUAUAUAUAUAUAUAUAUAUAUAUAUA